AUGGAGGGCGACAAGUAUGCCAUUGUGAGGCGACGACUUCAGAAGCUUGGCUACUCGGUGUCAGGGGGACUUCGAAACACAGCGGAUUUUGGAUUGCCACAGCAAAGGAGGCGAGCCUGGCUUCUUUGCCACCUUCAGUCGGAAGUCCAGUGUUCUGCUGAUGAGCUCACCUCGGAUAUCAAUCGCUUUCAGCGGUGCAACGUUCUGCUGGACAAGUGUGUGGAUCUUUGCCCAAAUCGUACGGACACCAAAGGUAGGGCUCCAACAAGAUCCAAGAAGGGGGACGCUGGGCAAAUGAAGUGGAAGGAGGGCUUUGAACAACAAUGUGAGUUCUAUGGGAAGGUGAAGCUUGAGGGCCGAGUUCGUACGCUCAAACAGCUUGUGGAUGGAUGCAGCGACCGGGAGAUAUGUAUUCUGGCAGUGGCCAUGGAGGACAUGGCCACCACAAAAGGAUUUGAUGCUAUGAAGCAGUUGGCGGUCAUCCAAGAUCAGAACUUUGAUCGGGCUACCUGGGCGCGAUCGGAUGUGUCCACCACAACGUGCAUCAUUCCUGGUGGAAAGUAUGUGGCUACGGGGCCUGCUGGUUUCCACGUGCUCUCAGCCAAGGAACUGGAGGGUUAA